AUGAUGAGCAGCAGUGAGUUUGCUUCCCUUUCUCGCUUGUUGGUUUUUUUGUGCCUCGCAUUACAGUAUAUCAAUGGUACUGAUACUCCAGAACAGGGCCAAUCGAUUACAUUCUCGAAGACCGUUAUAUCAGCAGGUAUGAAAUUUGAACUUGGAUUCUUUUCUCCCAGAAACAGUUCGAGGUAUUACGUUGGAAUAUGGUUUAAAUUCAAAGUGUCAACACGUACUGUGGUUUGGGUGGCAAAUAGAGAAUAUCCCUUCCUACGUAACACUUCUAUUUUCGCCAUCAACCCUGAUGGGAACAUUGUGAUUUCUGAUGGAAGGAUAUCCUACAUGCUGACGAACAGGACAACCAGUGGCAACACCUAUGCCAUGUUGAAAGAUUCUCUACAUGCCAGGCUACUAGAUUCAGGUAACCUGACAUUACAUGAUCAGAUCAGCUUAGAAGUUUUGUGGCAAAGUUUUAAUUAUCCGUCAGACACCAUUUUGCCUGGAAUGAAUCUUGGAAAUGAUAGAAGAUAUGGAGUUACUUGGUCGGUAGUGUCAUGGAGAAACGCAGAUGAUCCUGCCCCUGGUUCUUUCUCCCUGGAACUCCAUUCUGAUAAAUUUAAUGAUUCUUUAAUUAUUAUGCAGGGUUCUAAAAUAUAUUGGACAAUUCCUUUAAACAACUUUCUUAGGUAUAAUGCCUAUGGUUGGUUCCGAAAUGGUAACAACACCGUCACUUGCGGUUUGAGUGAUUCUUCUAGUAUUAUGCAGAUGGUGUUGGGCGUGUUUGGGCAGCUUAAAGCUACAGACUUGGUCUGA